AUGUUGGUAUUCCUUAGUUUACUUGUGUUUGCGUACGCGCAAGAUAAUCAAGCUAAUCUCUCUGUAAACACGACCCAAGGCGUGGUUAUCGGGAGCCGGGCCACCGAUGGAAAUUAUUACACGUUUUAUGGUUUACAUUAUGGCGGAAACACGGCCGGAGAAAACAGAUUCAAGGCACCAACCCCUCCGCCAUCAUAUCCUGGAGAAUAUUACGCUAUUGACAACAAAGUUAUUUGUGCCCAACCAUCUCCUCGAGGACUCAUCGGUGUUGAAGACUGUCUCGUACUAAAUGUUUUUACACAAAAUGCUACCGGAAACCGACCAGUAAUAGUUUGGCUCGAAGGUGAGGAGUAUACGACAACCAGACAAGAACUAUACUCAUUUAAUAAACUGGUUGAACAGGGUGUUGUGUUGGUUUCCAUAAACUACAGAUUAUCUAUAUUUGGGUUCCUCUGCUUGGGAGUACCAGAUGCACCAGGUAACGCUGGAAUAAAGGACGCGAUUCAGGCUUUAAAAUGGAUCCAGCAGAAUAUUGCUGGUUUUGGUGGAGAUCCAAAUAAUGUAGUUAUAUUAGCACAAGGAUCAGGCGCAGCCAUGGCCGAAUUGAUAACCUUAUCGCCUCUAUCGCAAAAUUUAGUGCAUAAAGUUAUAGCCAUAAGUGGAUCAGCAUUAUCACCGUGGGCCGUAGCAUACGAACCUGUAAAAUACGCUAAAAGUUUAGGCGAGAAGCUGUCAUACACUGAUAAAUCGAAUGCAGAUCUGGCCAAAUUACUGGCAUCAACGGAUCUAAGCAUUUUAACUCCGGCACUAAAUGAUUUCGAAUUCUACAACAAUACUCCUCUUUUCGCACCGUGCGUCGAGCAAUCAAGUAUGGGAGAAGAGAGAGUUUUGACAGAUUCACCAAUAAACUUAAUCCGUAAUGGUAACUACAAUGAUGUCCCGUACAUCGCUGUCUUUGUAGAUCGGGAGGGGACACUGCGAGCUGAACAAGCCGCAGUAAAAGAUUGGCUAGGUAAAAUGGACAAGAACUUCACCGAUUUUAUACAAGUCGAUCUGAAAUUUGAGUCUGAAAAUAAUAGAUCUGCUGAAGCCCAAAAAAUAAGAGAUUUCUAUUUCGCACAAAGAGUUAUCGCUAUGGAUACAAUUGAAGAUUUCUUAGAUUAUCAGGGUGAUACCUUGGUAGCGGUGUCUGUAAUUCGAGGAGUAGCAGAGAGAGCAAAAACUUCUAAAUCGUCAGUGAGGCUCAUGGAGUUUGCUUAUCGCGGUACCCGCAACUCAGACUGGUCAUAUCCACAAAUACCUCUUAAAGGAGCAAGACAUGGUUCAUUGACCAAUUACUUAUUUGACUUUGAUUUACGGCCAAGCGACGCAGCCGUACAAGAUGCAAUCACUAGACGUUUAGUAGCUUUUGUUAAAGUUGGAGACCCGAAUCCUACUAAUUUCGUUAAUCCUGGAAUCCAAUGGAACACCUACACUCCAGAAUCAACAAUAGCCUUGCGUAUCAGUGGCGACGAUGAAAUCAUAGCUGGAAGAAGCUUCCAGGAGGAGGCGAGAGUUAACAUCCACCAACAAAAAAUGGACUUCUGGAAUUCCAUGUACCAAAAGUAUUACAAUCCACCACAAUCGACGUCUUCAGCUGGAAGGCUGUUAUGUUUGAGUCUAGUGUUAACAUUAAGUCAGAUUUUAAUUAAAUUGCUCUGA